AUGCACUUUGGAUGGGCAUCUCCAGCCCUUCCAGUGCUCACCAACGGAACUUACUACUUCAAUGUUUCCAGCGAAGGAGCUUCUUGGAUGGCCCUAGCCUUAUUUCCUGGCAUGGUGGCCGGAGCCGUGACGUCCAACUGUUUGGCACACUUUGGUAGAAAAAAACUAAUUUUAGCCACUUCAGUGCCUUUGUUCAUUAGUUGGUUAUGCAUGGCGUUGGCUAGAACGAAUUGGCUUAUGUUUUGGGCAAGAGCUUUAGGUGGACUUGGAAGUGGUUUGAGCUUUGCUACAGUACCAAUGUAUUUGGGGGAAAUUUCUGAACCUGCUAUAAGAGGGUUGCUUUCAUCAAUUUGUCCAUUGUUUGUAGUGUUUGGAAUACUUUUGAUUAACAUUUUAGGAAUUUACUUGUCUAUUGAUACAACAGCAUUAAUAUCUUGUUCGAUUCCUCUUAUAGGGUUUCUAAGUUUUAUUUUAAUGCCAAACAGCCCUGUACAGUUACUAUUUCAAGGCAGAUCUGAAGAAGCUAAACAAAGCUUGAGAAUCUUAAGAGGAGAGGAAGAAGGUGAUAAGGAAUUUGUCAGAUUAUCAAACGAUAUGGAAGAAUCCAUGAAAGAUCAAAAUGAAGGCAAUCCUACAUUUAUGGACCUAUUCAACAAUCCUGUUAAUCGAAAAGCCAUGUUGAUAUCUAUAGGUCUGCGUAGUGUACAACAACUUUGCGGUUCCACAGCACUUACGUUUUAUUGCAAAACCAUAUUUCAACAAAACGAAGGUUUCUUAACAAGCGAUAUUGCUACUAUAAUAUAUUUCAGCUUACAAGCAGUUUUAUCUAUAUUAGCUUCAUUUGCUGUCGAUUAUUUUGGUAGAAGACCAAUGUUUAUAUUCUCUUUGGCUGGCACCACUCUAACAUUAUUUUGGGCAUCUACUUAUUUGGCUGUACAGACUUAUACUAGCAUCGAUUUGAAUUCUUACAGCUCUAUUCUAUCGAUAGCCCUGUUUGUUAAUGUGGCAUUCAUUAGCGUGGGUAUGACUGAAAAGAAACUAAACAUUCAUACACAUAUUUACAUUCAUCAAUCAUAA